CUUGCCUGGUCGCUGGUUUGUGGCUUUAGGAGUGGCUGGGAGGUCGCAGGCAAUCGGCUGGGAAGUGAACAGGCUGUCCGGUGGGGAGACAGUGGGCAUCGUCUGCUUUCUCCGAGGAGGAAGGAGUGGGCCACUUUCCCGGUCUCCAGAGUCUCCCCAGACCUCUAAGUCUCCGCAGGCCAGCUAGAGAGAAACCGAGCAACCUCGGCCGCUCCCCUACGUGCUGCCGCCGCCAUGGCUGCCAUGAUGGAGCGGAAGUGAGCCUCAACGCGACAGCUGCCGGCACUUUGAGUCCCAGUCUCCCUGCCACCCCCGCCAGAGAAAGCGCGGCUCUGCGGACUGCUGAUUCUCUUGCCCUCGUGACCCUAGACUUUCACCUCGGGUUUGCUUCUACCAAAACUGAGUGGCGAAGAGUGGCUCCCGGCCUCCAGUCCCGGCAGUGAAGAAGAUGGCGGAUCCAGCGGAGUGCAACAUUAAAGUGAUGUGUCGCUUCAGACCUCUUAAUGAGUCUGAAGUGAACCGCGGCGAUAAGUACAUCGCCAAGUUUCAGGGAGAAGACACGGUUGUGAUCGCGACCAAGCCUUAUGCUUUUGAUCGGGUGUUCCAGUCAAACACAUCUCAAGAGCAAGUUUAUAAUGACUGUGCAAAGAAGAUUGUUAAAGAUGUACUUGAGGGAUACAAUGGAACAAUAUUUGCAUAUGGACAGACAUCCUCUGGGAAGACACACACAAUGGAGGGAAAACUUCAUGAUCCAGAAGGCAUGGGAAUUAUUCCAAGAAUAGUGCAAGAUAUUUUUAAUUAUAUUUAUUCCAUGGAUGAAAAUUUGGAAUUCCAUAUUAAGGUUUCAUAUUUUGAAAUUUAUUUGGAUAAGAUAAGGGACCUAUUAGAUGUUUCAAAAACCAACCUUUCAGUUCAUGAAGAUAAAAACCGAGUCCCCUAUGUAAAGGGAUGCACAGAGCGUUUUGUAUGUAGUCCAGAUGAAGUUAUGGAUACCAUAGAUGAAGGGAAAUCCAACAGACAUGUAGCAGUUACAAAUAUGAAUGAACAUAGCUCUAGGAGUCACAGUAUAUUUCUUAUUAACGUAAAACAAGAGAACACACAAACGGAGCAAAAGCUGAGUGGAAAACUUUAUCUGGUUGAUUUAGCUGGUAGUGAAAAGGUUAGUAAGACAGGAGCUGAAGGUGCUGUGCUGGAUGAAGCUAAGAACAUCAACAAGUCACUUUCUGCUCUUGGAAAUGUUAUUUCUGCUUUGGCUGAGGGUAGUACCUAUGUUCCAUAUCGAGAUAGUAAAAUGACAAGAAUCCUUCAAGAUUCAUUAGGUGGGAACUGUAGAACCACUAUUGUAAUUUGUUGUUCUCCAUCAUCAUACAAUGAAUCCGAAACAAAAUCUACUCUCCUUUUUGGCCAAAGGGCCAAAACAAUUAAGAACACAGUUUGUGUCAAUGUAGAAUUAACCGCAGAACAGUGGAAAAAGAAGUACGAAAGAGAAAAAGAAAAAAAUAAGACCCUGCGGAACACCAUUCAGUGGCUUGAGAAUGAACUCAACCGAUGGCGUAAUGGAGAGACGGUGCCUGUUGAUGAACAAUUUGACAAAGAGAAAGCCAACUUGGAAGCUUUUGCAGUGGAUAAAGAUACAGCUGUUACUAAUGAUAAACCAGCAGCCACAAUUGGAGUUACUGGAAAAUUUACUGAUGCUGAAAGAAGAAAGUGUGAAGAAGAAAUUGCUAAAUUAUACAAACAACUUGACGACAAGGAUGAGGAAAUUAAUCAACAGAGCCAGUUGGUAGAGAAAUUGAAGACACAAAUGUUGGAUCAAGAAGAGCUUCUGGCAUCUACUAGAAGGGAUCAGGAUAAUAUGCAAGCUGAGCUGAAUCGCCUUCAAGCAGAAAAUGAUGCCUCUAAAGAAGAAGUAAAAGAAGUUUUGCAAGCCUUAGAGGAACUUGCUGUCAAUUAUGAUCAGAAGUCUCAGGAAGUUGAAGAUAAAACUAAGGAAUAUGAAUUACUUAGUGAUGAACUGAAUCAAAAAUCAGCAAUUUUAGCAAGUAUAGAUGCGGAACUUCAAAAACUUAAGGAAAUGACUAACCACCAGAAAAAACGAGCAGCUGAGAUGAUGGCAUCUUUACUGAAAGACCUUGCAGAAAUAGGAAUUGCUGUAGGAAAUAAUGACGUAAAGCAGCCUGAGGGAACUGGCAUGAUAGAUGAAGAAUUCACUGUUGCAAGGCUCUACAUUAGCAAGAUGAAGUCAGAAGUAAAAACAAUGGUAAAACGCUGCAAACAGUUAGAAAGUACACAAACUGAGAGCAACAAAAAAAUGGAAGAAAAUGAAAAGGAGUUAGCAGCAUGCCAACUUCGUAUCUCUCAACAUGAAGCCAAAAUUAAGUCAUUGACUGAAUACCUUCAAAAUGUGGAACAAAAGAAAAGGCAGCUGGAAGAAUCUGUCGAUUCCCUCAGUGAAGAACUAGUCCAGCUUCGAGCACAAGAGAAAGUGCAUGAAAUGGAAAAGGAACACUUAAAUAAGGUUCAGACUGCAAAUGAAGUUAAGCAAGCUGUUGAACAACAGAUCCAGAGCCACAGAGAAACUCAUCAAAAACAAAUUAGUAGCUUAAGAGAUGAAGUUGAGGCAAAAGAAAAACUUAUCACUGAUCUUCAAGAUCAAAACCAGAAAAUGAUGUUGGAGCAGGAACGUCUGAGAGUAGAACAUGAGAAGUUGAAAGCUACUGAUCAGGAAAAGAGUAGAAAACUACAUGAACUUACGGUUAUGCAAGAUAGACGAGAACAAGCAAGACAAGACUUGAAGGGUUUGGAAGAGACAGUGGCAAAAGAACUUCAGACUUUACACAACCUGCGGAAGCUCUUUGUUCAGGACCUGGCCACCAGAGUUAAAAAGAGUGCAGAAAUCGAUUCUGAUGACACUGGAGGCAGUGCUGCUCAGAAGCAAAAAAUCUCUUUCCUUGAAAAUAAUCUUGAACAACUCACUAAAGUGCACAAACAGUUGGUACGUGAUAAUGCAGAUCUUCGCUGUGAACUUCCUAAGUUGGAAAAGCGGCUGAGAGCUACAGCUGAGCGAGUGAAAGCUCUGGAGUCAGCACUGAAAGAAGCCAAAGAAAAUGCAUCUCGUGAUCGCAAACGCUAUCAGCAAGAAGUAGAUCGUAUAAAGGAAGCAGUCAGGUCAAAGAAUAUGGCCAGAAGAGGACAUUCUGCACAAAUUGCUAAACCUAUUCGUCCUGGGCAACAUCCAGCAGCUUCUCCAACUCAUCCAAGUGCAAUUCGUGGAGGAGGUGCAUUUAUUCAGAACAGCCAGCCAGUGGCAGUACGAGGUGGAGGAGGCAAACAGGUGUAAGCGAUAACACAUUAACUACAGAUGCUGACAAUAAUUGAAGUGUGAAGAGUAUAUAAUAUCAAGCAGAGUCAUUCAGUGACUAACCUUUACUCCUGGUAAUUGUAGAACUACAACUUUUUAAAAUCUGUAAAUUAUAUCUGGCCUGUUAAGCUGUUUCCUGCCCACUUUCUUGUAAAUUCUGCUGCUUCCCAACACAACUAGAGUGCAAUUUUGGCGUCAUAGGAGAGGAAAAUGAGUUUACAACUGUGGUCCUAUUUAUUACACAGUUUGUCUUUUGUGUCUUAAUUUAGUCUUCAUUGUGCCAAGCUAACUGUACAAUAUAGGAUUGUGUUUUUUGUACUUGUUUGUUUGUAUGUGUUUAUUUUUUUAUCUUAAGUUACCUAGCUGCUACUGCUUAUUUUUCUUAAAGUAGCUUCCUUAUUUUAGAGGAGAUGAAGCAUUUAGGUUAUAUGUCUUAAAUUUUACCACUUACACACUACGUGCUCACAAAGUAUAUCAGGUCAGUACUGUACUUUAACAUCCCUUGAAAUGAUUUCAGAGUCAAAAUUAUUUAUAUCUUUAUUGUUUGCUUCUGGAAACUACAAUUUGAACACUGAAACCUUAAAACUGCUUAAGUAGGCACUUGAAAUUGAGCAUGGCUACUCAAUUGUUAUCUUAUGAAAUGCCUAUUGUUCGAUUUUCUUGAAUAGAUGUAUUUUACAGUAUCAAAAACAAAUUUCAGAUUAACAGUUGGAGAGGAAUUGGGCUUCCCUUUUUCUCACUUCUAUAAUCAACAUAACUUGGUGGAAUGAAAAUACCCUGCUUCAUUCUGGUCUGCCAGCUAAUUAUUAAGAAUUGAACACAUAUAAUUUGUCUGUUUAAUAUAAUGAAUUAAAAUAGGACUAAACAUAAUUUUAUAUUGUUAGUACUAUAUUGGUUUAUCUAAAUUUAUAGCCUGUGGAAACAAAAAAACACAUGGAAGAACUGGACAAGUAUAUGAUGAAUUUAUGUAUACAUAGGUAAAAUUUGGUAUAAAAUCCUUGAGGUGUUUUUAACCUACAGCACUGUCGUACACUAUAAUUUAUUGUUUUGCCUAGAAAUAGUUAAUUGUUUGCAAGUUACUAAUCCACAAAUAAGUUAUUUUGUUGGUUAUAACCUUUAAUUUUAUAGUUAGAACUUAGUGUGCCUGUUUUUGCCUCUACUUUCUUAAGACCAUUAAACUAAGUCAACAGUUUGCUUUACAAAGCUAUAAAAGUAAUAGGGGAGGUGAUUUCAAUAUGCUUUAUCAAUGGGGUGGUGACUGCAACCAUGUCAUAAAUUUGCAGAGAAUGUGGGGAUAUAAGGGCAUUCAGUUAGUAGAAAAACUUCAGAAGUUCUGUGUUAGGAUCUGACUGGCAGAAUUAACUUUUUAAAGAAGUUUUAUAUACAGAUAUUUGUAAUAAAUUUGGAGCCAUCAUCAGAAGACUCAGAUUAUCAUUGGCUUAUUUUUCUAUGUCAACUAUUGUAAUUUCCACUUUUAUAUAAUUUUUGAUUUAAAAGAUAAAUUUAUUUAUUUUUGUAACAGUCAGAAAUCUUUGCUGUUGUAGUCUACAACCUUUAAAAUAAUUGUGUUGCCUUUAGGAUUGAUCAAAAUAAAUACUCCAAAAAUUUAGAUGAAACCUUGGUACAACAAGAUUGAAAUAAUGCAGUUAACUUAAAUUUUUUUUUAAAGUACUACAGCUUAUUAUUUAUGAUGGUACUUUUCUAAAAUGAGAAAUGUUUGGCUGUAUUCACAUAGACAUUUAUAUUUUGCUUUCAAAUGAAAACUUGCUUCUUUGGCAGUAUCUAUAAAUGAAGCAGAAUUUUUUUUCCCUCAUGUCUUGAGUAUGGUAGUUUCUUGUUCUAUGUAUCAUGGGUAUUGGUAUUGGUGCUGUGUAACAGUGAAUUGUAACUAACGUGUAGUUCAGGGUAUAUACAAUGUUAGGUUUUUAAAAAUAUCUCAAUGUUUUUUUCUAUUUAUAAUUUCAAACUUUCAUAAGGUGUACAGAGAAUUUCAUAAGUUUGUUUUCAGUGAACUGCUCUUUUUGCCAUAGGUUAUUAAACAAUAGCAUUAACUCUUACAAAUGAAAAUUUCUGAUCAUCUAGAAAAUCGAAACAUUUCAAUUUGCAGUAUCCUUUUUUUGACUGAAUAUAUUAAUGUUUCUCUGAAUGCUAUUGAUAAACAGGUCAGAUGAUAAACUCAGUAAAAUAAAAGUAAUAUUUAUUCAUGGUGAUCAAUUAAAUUAUUUGCCUAACUUAAGAAAACUAGUGUGCAUAACUUAGUUUGACAUGAGGUGAUAGUAGAAUAUGAGUCUACUUGUGGAAUAUGUUGAUUUAUUUUCAGUUCUUGGAGAUACAUUGGUUUGGGGAGACAACAUAUAAUUUUAAUUUUUACUUUAACCUGCAUGCUGUAAAUGUGUUUUAUGUUAAAAUAAAGAGGAAAUUUUUUUUGAAAUGUAAUGACUUUUUAAAAACUUACUUGAUAAAAUAUUAGGUUGACUUUUAUACUCAGUGGCCUUUUGUUUUGACAGAAUAAUGACUAAUAUGUCAUUCAUGUAUACUUUCCUAAUGUGUUGCAUAUUCUUUGGACAUUUGGUAUUAAAUAUGUAGGCUGAAGGAUUGAGAACUAGAAAUGAAUUAUCAGUCUUACUAUGUUACUUCACUUUAGUGUAGUUUACCUGUUCUUUUUUCAUCUAAGCCUGAUUUAUUAACAUAAGUGUUAAAGUUUGUUUUUCAUUACUUUCUCAAUGAUCAUUCAGGUCUAGGUGGAGAAAGCUUAAAGAACAACUUCCUAAAUCUAGCUAUGAUUGGGUUUUUUUUUGUAUUUUAAAAUUAUUGUGGAAAUUUUUAAUCAUACAUGAAAGCCUACAAUAAAUAAUGAAGUUCCAAGUACUUGUCAUUCAGUUUCAACAAUUAUCAGGUCAUGACUAAUCUUGUUUCCCUUAUAACCCAUUCUUGUGCAAACGCCUCCAUAUUAUUUUGAAGCAAUUUCAGAUACCAUAUGCUUUUAUUCAUAAACAAUUUCCUAAACAAAAUUUCAGUUUUUGUAAACAGUUUGUUUGAAUCAUAAUCCAAUUAAAAUCUAUAUAUUACAAUUGA